GGCACUGAAAACUCAUGAUUGUCAUAUCCUUCUACAGAGAAUAUUGCCUGUAAGCCUACGAGGAGUCCUGGAUAAGGAAAUUUAUGAAGCAAUUGCUGAAUUAGGUAACUUUUUCCAGCAAAUAUGUGCUAAGACAUUGAAGGUAGAUGUCUUGAACAAAAUGAGAGGUGAAAUCCCAAUAAUAUUAUGCAAGCUUGAGAAAAUUUUUCCACCUUUUUUUGAUGUCAUGGUACACUGGGCUAUUCAUUUAAUCGAUGACACAAUCCUUAGGGGUCCGGUUCAGUAUGGAUGGAUGUACCCAGUUGAGCGUAGGUUGCUUACCUUGAAGCGUUUUGUGAGGAACAUGGCAAGACCCGAGGGGUCCAUUGCAGAGGCAUAUGUCGCAAACGAAUGCUUGAAUGCUUGCUCUAGGUAUUUUGAUGAUGUUGACACACGACACAAUCGUGAGGGCAGGAAUAGAGAGCGUGUAGUUUUGAGAGAAGGUGGUUUAUCUCUUUUCCAGCAUGGAGUCAUUCUUCUCGGGGCACCGAGGAUGACGUACAAUGAGAAGGAUUAUGAUAAGAUGCUUUGGUAUAUCCUCAACAAUACUCCGGAGGUUGAGCCAUUUAUAGAGAUAUGCAGGACAGAGUUAGAGAGUGCUGGCAUUGUUGAUGUUGAUAGAGCUCUUGCUAAAGAAUUUGCAGGAUGGUUUAAGAAACAUCUCGCAAGCAGAAAAUUUGUGCAUGGAGAAGAAAUCGAUGAAGACCUAUAUGCAUUGGCAAGUGAACCACAUCUUAGAGUUCAUUUAUUUUCAGGAUGUCUUGUUAAUGGUGUUCGCUAUCACACCUUGGACCGUGAGAGAAGUAGAAAAACACAAAAUAGUGGUGUCAUGGUUGAGGGCUCCCAUAAUGGAGAAGAUAUAGACUUUUAUGGACAAAUGUGCCAAAAACCAACUGAAUCGUGAAAAAGUUCAGUUUCAGCAGCGUACCGGAUCUCGGUCUUACAUUGCACAUGCCUAUGUUGUGGAAUGAGGUGGCUAGGCUUGGAAUUUGAUGGCUGGUGUCUGUGUAGUUAACUUUCGAGGUUGUGAUCGCUUUUGGUACUAUGGAACUUGGUGGUGUAUGUAGCUGCUAGAACUUGGUGCAAGCUACUGGUUAAUUGCAGGUUGGCGCUUUUGGUGGCUAGAAAUUUUUUUGCGUUGGUUGCUGGAACCCAAUAUUUUUUGGCACUAGUUGCUGGUUGCUGGCAGGAUGCAAGCCAGAAUUGCAGUGGCUGCUUUGUGGAAAUUUUGUGCCGACUGUAGGCAAGAUGCACGCCAAAACUUAGUAGUGGUUGCUAGGUGAAAUUUUUUUGUGCAGUAACUUGGAACUACUUGUAGUAACUUUGUAGUCGGCUAGGACUUGUGUAAUUGGAUGGUGGAUGGAUUAUUUUUAUUCAUGCUUUAUGCUUUUGUAUGGAAACAUGUUGGAUACUGUAUUCUGAAACUUGCUUUUGUAUGUGCUGAAAAAUUAAUUAUGGCUCGAAUGUGAUUAUAAUAUAAUUAUGCAAAUGGUUUUUGUUUA